GCUGCGGAGCCACGGGGGCAUCCGCGGGCGCAUCCGCCGGCGCCGGGAUGCAGCGGCCAGGAGAGCCCGGCGCCGCGCGCUUUGGGCCGCCGGAAGGCUGUGCUGACCACCGGCCGCAUCGCUAUCGCAGCUUCAUGAUCGAAGAAAUCCUCACGGAGCCGCCCGGGCCCAAGGGUGCCGCUCCUGCCGCCGCCGCUGCCGCCGCGGGCGAGCUGCUCAAAUUCGGCGUGCAGGCGCUGCUGGCCGCGCGGCCCUUCCACAGCCAUUUGGCAGUUCUGAAGGCAGAGCAGGCCGCGGUGUUCAAGUUCCCGCUGGCGCCGCUUGGCUGUUCCGGGCUGGGCUCGGCCUUGCUGGCCGCGGGGCCCGGGCUGCCAGGAGCCGCAGGCGCGCCGCACCUGCCGCUGGAGCUGCAACUCCGAGGGAAGCUAGAGGCCGCAGGCCCUGGGGAACCCGGCACCAAAGCCAAGAAAGGGCGCCGAAGCCGCACAGUGUUCACUGAGCUCCAGCUGAUGGGCCUGGAGAAGCGCUUCGAGAAACAGAAGUACCUCUCUACCCCUGACAGAAUAGAUCUAGCUGAGUCCCUGGGCCUGAGCCAGUUGCAGGUGAAGACGUGGUAUCAGAAUCGGAGGAUGAAGUGGAAGAAAAUAGUGCUGCAGGGCGGGGGCCUGGAGUCCCCUACCAAGCCCAAAGGGCGGCCCAAGAAGAACUCCAUCCCCACGAGCGAGCAACUCACAGAGCAGGAGCGCGCCAAGGAGGCAGAGAAGCCAGUGGAAGUGCCGGGCGAGCCUACUGACAGGCAUUGCGAGGACUGAGCUCCGCCGAGGGUGCUACACCUGGGACCCGGUUCCCCCGUGCCAUCUGUCCGCGGGAACCCAUGAGUUGGCCCUUCCACGUCCAUGCCGUUUGCUUUCGAAAUGUUUUAUUAUUACGUUGAAUGCGGACAAUUAGCGGCCAAACAAGGAAGGACACGGCCCUGAAGUCAACCCCAGGUCUCAGCGAGUUUCCAGCCCUGAGCUGGGAGAGUCUAUGCCAACGCGGCUGAAGCUUCCCGUCUUUCCCAGAGCUCCGCGGUGCCUGGUGCUCCACGUGCAUUCACGCCCUGCUCCAAGUCCACACUCCCCCCCACCCCGCCCCGCCCGCCUCUGGUCGGCCUUCUGGGCCCGGACUCCAGCAAGCAUACACCAGCUUCUGCGCCUUGGGGACUCCGCCACCAGGCGCAGGCACCUAUUACCCUGCCGAGCCCGCGCCCAGAUGACCCUGCAGCUCAGUUGAGGCCUGGUCGGUCCCCGACAUCGCUGGGGCUUCUACCCUCCUCUUGGGAAGACGGUGACUUUUUUUCCAAUAAAGUAUUUUA